CUUCAGACAGCGCCGCAAUGGACACUAAUUCUAUUUAUUGACAGCGAGCUGUGCGCUUUAUUUCACUUUAACGUGGGACGUCGGGGUCCUGGACAGCAGCUCACUCUCACACACACCGCCUCAGAGGUUUUUGAAGAUAAGGAAUGGAUGAGUGCGCUCAGUAGCACUUUGUGACGUGAUUGACCCCUCAAGCUUUGUGAUGGAAGGAAGCGCUGACUUGAACGUUGCACAGCCUGAAGCAGAAGCUGGUGUGGCAUGUGAAGAUGGAGCAGCUAACGUCCGAAGUGGAGUUCAUUUGGACAUCAAGUCUGAUUCCUGUGAUGGAAAUACUGCGGGACAGAGUAAAGGAGGGCUGGUUGUGACCCCGGCACCGUCUGUGGAGAGUCCAAAUGUGGAUUCAGCAGCAAGUGUACCGUUGAAAGUAUCUACCGCUGUCCUUCACCCAGUCUGUCUUGGGGAAAAUCCACUGAUGCUCCCCAUUCAUGUCCAAAUGGCCGGCGCCGCAGCUCCACAGCUCGGCCAGUUGGGGGCAGCACCCUACGUCAUAGCAAGUAGUCAAAAUCCCCUGUCACUCCCUUUGGUUUUGGACCAACAAGUCCUGCAGCAAAUGAAUCCCUCAGUAAUCCCUCAGUCCAACAACUGCCAACAGGCUCACAUUAUGAACCCCCUGACCUUCAGCCUGCCCUCCGCUGUGGACCAGAAGACAGAUGGUCAGGCUCAGGAUGUUAACUUGCUCUCUCUGCUUCAGAAUCCAGCAUUUGCUGGUCUACUUCAGGACCUUGUCAGUUCACAAACGGGUUCCCCCCUUUACUCACUUCCUUCCCUUGCGCCACCCUAUACCUCCCCACUUGCCCCACUUGUACCCCCUGCCACUCUCUUGGUACCGUACCCAGUCAUUAUUCCCCUGCCAGUUCCCCUGCCCAUUCCGCUGCCCAUCCCUGUUCCAGUCCUUCAGACGGAGGACUCAAAGGGUAACAUGCCCAAACCAGUUUGCACUGUCAACACAAGCACCCAGACUUGUCCUCAUGAUACUACCUCUCCUUCUGGAUCAUCCAGUAGAUGUCCUCCAUCAUUCCAGUCCCACAAUAUGUCCUCAUUGCCUCUUGUAGAAGGACAAGCAUUAGACCUCUCCCUCAGGACUUUCCCUGUCCAGCCAAAACAAGAGAACCCCAGCCCACAACCGGACAGUGCAUUGGACCUGUCAGUGCCUUGUGUUAGAAAGAAGUUCCCUCAGCAAGAGCGGGGAGUGGCAAAGUCCGAUUCCAAACUUCUGGCCUCACUGGAGUUCAGUCGGCAGCAUAAGUGGAUGGUAGACAGCGUCCCCUGUGGGUCCAGCUCCGGUGGUCCACAGGCGUCCCUCAGCAGAGCAGGUAACCUUGAGAUCUGCGGCAGCUCCCAGGCAGCUAAAGUCAUUGUCUCGGUGAAGGAAGCCAUCCCCGCCAUCCUCUGCGGGAAGAUAAAGAGCCUCUCAGGUGUCUCCACCAAGAACUUCUCCAUCAAGCGAGAUGGUGGUCAAAGCUCAUCCCUGCAGCAGCUGUAUGGAGUACCAGCCAUGUCCAAGGCAGAGCGGCAUACUGCGAACGGCCCGCUUAACAAGGUACCCAAAAACCGAGCCAUCAAAGUGAAGAAGGUCAGUUCACAGGAGAUUCACUUCCUGCCCAUUAAGAAGCAGAGACUGGCUGCUCUGCUCCCGAGGAAAUGAGAGUGCAGCACAGCAGCGCCCCCUGGGUGAGCUGAACCACAUGUGACCACAUUCUGUAGUCAACUUCUCAACCACCCGCUUUGGCUGCUGCAGUGCGACAUGUCAUAUGAAGAGAACAUUUGUGGAAUUGGCAGCUCAGCCAGGGCCCGAAUCAUUGUUUGAACACACAUAUUUUUAAUUGUUCUUGUUUUUGUUGCAGGCUGUGACUUCCUCUGUUAGAACCGUUGCCCGGCAUCUUCAGCCUGACUGAAAACAUGUUUUUGCAGAUGAAAGCAGGUUAUUUAUUUCCCAUUUGUACACGUGUGAAUUCAUGAAACAAACUGUCAGAGGUUGUGAAAACAGCCACUUUAUAUAAAAAUACGUGUGUGCGCGCGCGUGGCUUAUUUGUUCUUGUGGGGACCAAUUGUGGGAAAACAAAGCCGUGAGAGUAUUUGGCUUAAUAUGAACCAUUUGGCCGGUCCUGACAAGGUUAGGCCUAAAUCUGAGAGGAAAAACGUAACAAAAUAACAUCGUGUUGUGGCAAACUUUGUGAUAUAAAUUAAGCUAUAUUAUUAUUAUUAUUAUUAUUGCUCUUAUUAUUGUUAUUAUGAACAUUAGCCAUGUAUUGUGGCUGGUUAGGUGAAGUAUGAGAGGCUAGGGAAAGCAUUAUGGCAAUGAGAAACCUCCAAAAGUUCUAACAAGGAUGGAAAUGCGAACUUGUGUGUUUGUGUGUGUAUUUAAGAGUGUUAGAUAUUUGUGUGUGUCCUCCAUCAGACCUGAGUGAAGUUGUGUUAAGCCUGUUUUGGAUCCUUGAAUGCACUUUUCCUCGAUUGAUUCAAAAUAACAGGGACUUGUUUGGGAUCUUCAACAUCCUGCAGAGCUCACGUGGCAGCGAUUUAGGAAACUGUGAAGUCCCUAAAAAGCUCUGCAGACUUCACUGUUUACCAAGUGCUUAUUUAUCGCAGCGAAACUUUGUUCCUCAGAUGAACGUGCUUGGAGUGACCCGUUAAUUUAUUGUAUGAGUUGUAUUUAUCACAUCUGUGUGUGAAUGUCUGAAGACUUUCGCGUUUUUAUAAACCUGUUUUAUACCUGUGAAAUAGAAAUGUUCGAACUCUUGUGCUUUUUGUGUUUUCUACAGAAGUAA